UUCCGCAGCGAGUACGCGCAGCGCGCGUCUGGACGCUGAUGAGAAGCAGCACUGAUUAAGCAGAAAAAAAACAGAAAGGAGUUUCAGCGAGCGACUCCCACGAGAAAAGAAACGCCGCACUGUUCGGAAAUUUCAAUGGGAAGAUGAUUGUAGUCAUUUUUUGAAUCAAAAUGGCAGAGUGGCACGUACGUUCGGACACGGGAAAGUUGCAACGGAUAAUUUGAGAGAGACAAUUCUGGGAUAUUAGUGGACUCGAGCUGCGCCGGAUUUGAUCCGUCCUUAAAGGAGAAGCGCAGCAAACACUGGAUUUUUUUUUUUUUUUUACACUGAACUCAGAGAGUUGUAAUGUCUUGACGCAGUAUUAAGCCCUUUUGAAGGAUCUACAGUGAGUGCUGAUGGAAACUGCGGCUCCAAUAUGAGUGUUCAUGAUGUUGGCGGGAGACGACGCUUUGAGGACUCCGAGUUCACGCUGCGCAUCUACCCAGGGGUCAUCGCCGAGGGCACCAUCUACUGCCCCAUCACCGCCCGCAAGAUCACUUCAGCCGCGGAGGUCAUCGAGCAGAUCAUUGACCGGCUGCAGCUAGAUCGGACCAAAUGCUACGUGCUAGCGGAAGUCAAGGAGUUCGGUGGGGAGGAAUGGAUCCUCAACCCCACCGACUGUCCCGUCCAGCGCAUGAUGCUGUGGCCUCGCAUGGCUUUGGAGAACCGCUUCAGCAGCGAGGACUACCGCUUCUUGCUACGGGAGAAGAACCUCGACGGCUCAAUCCACUACGGGAACUUGCAGAUGUGGUUGCAGGUCACGGAAGAGCGGCGGCUCAUGGUUGAGCGGGGCUUUCUGCCGCAGCCCUUGCCGAAGGACUUCGAUGACCUUUGCAACCUGCCGAAUCUCAACGAGAAAACCCUGUUGGACAACCUGCGCAGUCGCUUCAAACAGGAGAAGAUUUACACUUAUGUGGGAAGCAUCCUCAUAGUCAUCAACCCCUUCAAGUUCCUCCCUAUCUAUAAUCCCAAAUAUGUCAAGAUGUACGAUAAUCACCAGCUGGGCAAGCUGGAGCCGCACAUCUAUGCGGUGGCGGACGUGGCCUAUCAUGCUAUGCUGCAAAGUAAGCAGAAUCAAUGCAUUGUUAUUUCUGGGGAGAGUGGAUCGGGAAAGACCCAAAGCACCAACUUCUUGAUCCACCACCUCACGGCUCUCAGUCAGAAAGGCUUUGCUAGCGGAGUGGAGCAGAUCAUCCUGGGUGCCGGACCAGUGCUGGAGGCGUUUGGCAAUGCUAAAACGGCCCACAAUAACAACUCCAGUCGUUUUGGGAAGUUCAUCCAGGUGAACUACCAGGAGAGUGGCACUGUUAGAGGGGCAUAUGUGGAGAAAUACCUACUGGAGAAAUCCCGGCUCGUCUAUCAGGAACACAAUGAAAGGAAUUACCAUGUGUUUUACUACCUGCUGGCAGGAGCGAGUGAAGAGGAGAGGACCUCGUUCCACCUCAAAAAGCCUGAAGAAUAUCAUUACCUCAAUCAGAUGACAAAGAAACCUCAAAGGCUGCACUGGGAAAAUUACUAUGAGAACGAACCGCAGGAUUGCUUCACAGUUGAAGGGGAGGAUCUCAAGCACGACUUUGAGCGCUUACAGCUGGCGAUGGAGAUGGUGGGAUUCCUUCCCGUCACACGUAAACAGAUUUUCUCUCUGCUGUCAGCGAUCCUUCAUUUAGGGAAUAUCCGAUACAAGAAGAAGAUAUACCGGGAUGACUCCAUCGACAUCUGCAAUCCUGAAGUCCUGCCUGUAGUUUCUGAGCUGCUGGAGGUCAAGGAGGAGAUGCUCUUUGAGGCUCUGACAACACGGAAGACGGUGACCGUGGGCGAGAAGCUGAUCGUCCCGUACAAACUGGCUGAGGCUGGAACGGUGCGGGACUCCAUGGCUAAGUCUCUCUACAGCGCUCUCUUCGACUGGAUCGUGUUCAGGAUCAAUCAUGCCCUGCUCAACCAAAGGGACUUGGAAGAGUCGGCCAAGAUCCUGGCCAUCGGGGUUCUCGAUAUCUUUGGCUUUGAAGACUAUGAGAACAACAGCUUCGAACAAUUCUGCAUCAACUUCGCCAACGAAAGACUUCAGCACUAUUUCAACCAGCACAUCUUUAAGCUGGAGCAGGAAGAGUACCGAGCAGAAGGCAUUACAUGGCAUAACAUUGAUUACAUCGAUAACACCGGCUGCAUCAACCUCAUCAGCAAGAAGCCCACAGCACUGCUCCACCUACUGGACGAAGAGUGCAACUUUCCACAGGCCACCAAUCAGACGCUCCUGGACAAGUUCAAGCGCCAGCAUGAGCGAAACGACUAUAUUGAGUUUCCUGCAGUCAUGGAGCCGGCCUUCAUCAUUAAACACUAUGCAGGAAAAGUCAAAUAUGGAGUGAAGGACUUCAGAGAGAAGAACACGGACCACAUGCGGCCCGACAUCGUGGCGCUCCUCAAGAGCAGUAAGAACGCCUUCAUCUGUGGGCUGAUCGGCAUCGACCCGGUGGCCACCUUCCGCUGGGCCGUUCUCAGGGCCUAUUUCAGAGCCAUGGUGGCCUUCAGGGACGCCGGGAAGAGACAUGUGGACAAACGCAGCGGGCAUGAUGCUGCUGCUCCAGUUGUGAAAAGUGUGGAUAGCUUUAGUUUUCUGCAUCACCCUGUGCAUCAGAGAAGCUUAGAGAUCCUGCAGAGGUGCAAAGAGGAUAAAAACAGUGUGAACAGGAGGAACCCUCGCUCUCCACUCUCUGAUCUGCAGGGAAGCAACACAAUAAAUCAACGAGAUGUGUGGAACGGGAGACAGAACCGCCUGUCCUCCAUCGGGUCCUUGGCUGAGGAGGACGGGAUCUUCCUGAACUCCACUAGCAGUAAACUCCUGGAGCGAGCCCACGGCAUCCUCAUGAGGAAUAAAAACUAUAAGAUGAAGCCCAGUCUUCCCAAGCACUUUCUGGAUGUCAAGUCUCUGAAGUACCUGAGUAACCUGACGUUACACGACCGCAUCACGAAGUCCCUGCUGCACCUCCACAAGAAGAAGAAACCCCCGAGCAUCAGUGCCCAGUUCCAGGCCUCUCUCAACAAGCUGAUGGAGACGCUUGGCCAAUCAGAGCCGUACUUUGUGAAGUGCAUACGAUCAAAUGCAGAGAAGCUGCCUCUGCGCUUUAAUGAUGGGCUGGUGCUGAGACAGCUGCGCUACACCGGCAUGCUGGAAACCGUGCGGAUCCGACAAUCUGGAUACAGCAUCAAGUACACUUUUCAGGAUUUUGUUCGCCACUUUCAUGUGCUGUUACCCGAGGGACCCAGCCAGGCCCGCCAGGACUCCAUCAGACGGUACCUGAGCCAGGUGGACCUCACUCCCGAAGGGUUUCAAGUGGGCCGAACCAUGGUGUUUCUCCGUGAAGUUGAGCGUCAGCGACUGCAGGAUCUGCUCCAUCAGGAGGUGCUGCGUCGAAUCGUCACUCUUCAGCGGCGCUUCAGAGCUCUUCUGGAGAGGAACCACUUCAUCAGAAUGAGACAGGCGGCGUGCCAGAUCCAGAGCUGGUGGAGGAACGUUCAGUCGUCUCAGAUUGACAGCAGGCUUGAGUACGAGACGCGUGUCCAGCGCGAGGCAGCGGUGUGUGUUCAGUCGGCCUGGAGAGGCUUCAGAGAGAGGCGUAGACUCAUGCUGUGGAGAGAAGCAGUCGUGCUGAUCCAGAGAAACUGGAGGCUGUGUCGACGGGAACGAGCGGCUCUCCGGAUCCAGACUGAAUGGAGAAGAUACAGGACCAGAGAGCUUUACCUCAGGCAGCGGGACGCCACUAUCCGCAUGCAAGCAACGGGUCGAGGAUAUCUGGCGAGGCAGAGAUUCAGAGAACUUCAAGAGCAGAGAUUAAAAACCACUCAGCUGCCGAAUGGAAAAACCAAUCUGUUACCAGAAGAGGACCGGCUUACACACAUGGGUUUGUGGGAAGACUCCUAUGAGGAGCAGGACCGGGGCAAACCGGUCCUCAGUGGAGAUGUUCUGGAAGAGAUGGAGACAGAAGUACAAGCGACGUCUGAAGUGGCGAUCCGAGAAAGACCCCGAACUCUGGAGGAUCCGAACCAGAGGACGAGGGCCAAACGGGAAAGCCGCCGGAUGCGAGAGCUGGAACAGGCCAAAUUUAGCCUGGAGCUUCUUAAGGUUCGAUCCACUGGAGAAAUGGAUCCGGUCAGCGAGAUCGGUCACACUCCUCAGGGAACACCGGAUAGCCAGAGCUCCAAGGGCAGCUUUGAGCUACUCAAUAUAGACGAGUGUUUAAAAGACAAGGCACCUUGUGCCGAACCAGAGGAUCUCGGUUCUCCUUCUUCUGUCCCAGACCAACAUGAUGUGUUCUCCAACAUUCCCGAAUCCACUUUCCCUUCUAAUAUCUUAUCAGAACCUCAACUUCCCGGAGAACUAAACUCGCUCCCUACUUUCUACACUCCUUCAUCAGAAAGCAGCUCUUUAAUCGUGAAGUCUACCGUUAAUGUGUCCACCAGCAAGCCUGUGAAAGACAAGGAGUCGAGUCGGAGACCGAUGGUCGUGGUUAUUAGCAUGCAGAAGGAAAGCGUCGUAGAUGAACUGGAUUUGAAGCUUCCCGAGGUCAAAGACAGUGCCGUCCAGACCAGUCCCGCGCAGCCAAGCAGAGACAGUCUUUAUGUGCUGGAAAAGCUUGAGAAGCUCAAUGAGGAAAAGCAAGAGCGUCAGAAACAUCAGCAGCGACAGAGUGAACGAGAGAUGAUGGAGCAGAUCCGCCAGCAGAAGCACGUCCUCGAAGAACAGCGGAAGCAUUUGGCCCAAUCUGACAGGGAGAGGUUUGAGAAGCAGAGAGUCGAGGCUCUGCAAAAGAUUGAACAGAGACUAGAGGAAUCAGAAAGGUCAGACAGAUUCGGACCUGCUCCCAUUGCUCAACCUGAGCCCGAUCUCAGCUCACACACACUGGUUUCAGAAAAAGAAGAUGCUCCUUCACUUCUCAGAGACCGACCGAAGGACAGCCGGAGCGUAGCCGAAGGAUGGGCGCCGAAGUUGACCCUGGAAUCCAGAGGAGAUGAAGCCAGAAAGCGAAUAAACGUUAAACCGUCCAACGUCAGCAUGUCCGAUAGGCCGGGGAACAUUUUCUUUUCUCCAAAGCCCAAGGUGGCAAUCUCGAAGUCGGAUAAGGACACAGCCAAUCAAGGGAAAACCCCAGGAGUCCAGGACGAAAUGAGCCUUUUGGGUUACAAACCCACUAAGAGUGAGGUUGGCCGACCGGGUCAUAAAAAAGCCCGUAUGGCGCGGACACGUUCAGACUUCAUGACCCGUGGCUCAAUCGAGGGGGAGUCAGAGGAGGAGGAGUGUGAUGAGACUCCUCUAGAGGCGUGUCACAGUGACUCGGAAAUGCCGGCCACAGCCGCCGAAGAGCCGAAGAACAUGUACAAGACCGUGUCCACCGGAGAGCUGGGCAAGAGUGACGCGAGGAAGAUCUCUCAUGGAGACGGAAGGGUUCGCGGUAAAAUGCGGUUUUGGGGGAAGGCAAAGCAUGGAGAGAAGAAGACCUCGAGAGAGCGGCUGUUGUGUGGCAGUGAUACUUUGGAAGGAGAUUACGCUGAAGCCAUACUUCUGAUGGAGGAGGAUCGCAUUUCCCCUCCACAAAGCCCAGACCUUACACUACAGAGGGAGUUUAAGGAGAACAAAGAGCCGUCCCCUAAAGUGAAGCGCAGGCGCAGUGUGAAGAUCAGCAGUGUGGCUCUCGAGCCGGUCCAGUGGCAGAACGAUGCCCUGCAGAUACUCACCUGUGCCAACGACUACAGGAGCAUGAACGACUUCCUCAUGAAGAAGAUUACUGAUUUGGACACAGAAGAUGGUAAGAAAGACACAAUGGUGGAUGUUGUCUUCAAAAAGGCGCUAAAGGAGUUCCGCUUGAAUAUCUUCAACUCAUACUCCACAGCUUUAGCUAUGGACGAUGGGAAGAGCAUUCGUUAUAAGGAUCUCUAUGCCCUCUUUGAGCAAAUCCUGGAGAAAAACAUGCGUCAGGAGCAGAGGGACUGGAGCGAGUCGCCGGUCAAAGUUUGGGUCAACACCUUUAAAGUCUUUCUGGACGAGUUCAUGACCGAACACAAACCUCUGGACAGCAGUGGACAGAGCAAGGCUCCCAAACCAGACCGCAAGAAGAGAAGGAAAAAGGAUGCUGAUAUAGUGGAGGAACACAACGGCCACAUAUUCAAGGCGACUCAAUACAGUAUUCCCACCUACUGCGAGUUCUGCUCCUCCCUCAUCUGGAUGAUGGACAAGGCGUGUGUCUGCAAACUGUGCCGCUAUGCGUGUCACAGAAAGUGCUGUCAGAAGAUGACCACCAAAUGCAGCAAGAAGUAUGACCCUGAGCUUUCAUCAAGGCAGUUUGGUGUGGAGUUGUCCCGUCUGACCAUCGACGAGCGAACGGUGCCUUUUGUGGCCGAGAAACUCAUCAAUUACAUUGAAAUGCAUGGCCUGUACACGGAAGGGAUCUACAGAAAGUCUGGAUCCACCAAUAAGAUUAAGGAGCUGAAGCUGAGUCUGGACACAGAUGUAAACGGCAUGAAUCUGGACGACUACAACAUUAAUGUCAUUGCCAGUGUUUUCAAGCAGUGGCUUCGUGAUUUGCCGAAUCCUCUGAUGACCUUUGAACUGUAUGAGGAGUUCUUGCGGGCCAUGGGUCUCCAGGACAAAAAAGAAGUGAUUCGAGGCGUUUACUCUAUAAUCGACCAGCUCAGCAGAACUCAUCUGAACACGCUGGAGCGCCUCAUUUUCCACUUGGUCAGGAUUGCCUUGCAGGAGGAAACAAACCGCAUGUCUGCUAAUGCGCUGGCUAUCGUGUUCGCGCCCUGUAUCCUGCGCUGUCCUGACACCAUAGACCCUCUCAGGAGCGUUCAGGACAUCGGGAAAACCACAGCGUGUGUCGAGCUGAUCAUUUGCGAGCAGAUGAAUAAGUACAAGGCCAGGCUGAAGGACAUCAGCACUCUGGAGUUCGCUGAGAACAAAGCCAAGAGCCGACUAACAUUCAUUCGCAGGUCCAUGAAACCCGUAAUAAUUGCUGUUAGAUUUAUGAGCAUAACCCGCAGUGCUGUGGCGAGUAAGGGCCCAGUGCACAGGCUGAGGUAUCACACACCGUCUCCUCCAGUGAGUCCUCGCUCCUCAACCGUCCCGGAUCUGAUGCAGGAGAGCGGAGACGAGAAGGAUCCCGAAGUGUCCGAGCAGCAACAGGUCGCCAUGCAGCAGGAGGAGAAAGUGCUGACCGAACAAAUCGAGAGUCUGCAGAAAGAGAAGGAGGAGUUGACCUUCGAGAUGCUCGCUCUGGAGCCGCGGGCGUCCGAUGACGAGACCCUGGAGUCCGAAGCCUCGAUCGGCACAGCGGACAGCUCGGAAAACCUGAAUGUGGACUCUGAGGGAGCCACUUCCGACUUCUCGGAGCGAGGCCCAGCGCUGGCCGUCUCGAGGCCCAAGAAGUCUGAAGCGAAGAGCAGGAGAGUCCUGCGGAAACAGCCUGAAUCCCUGGACUCCAUAGACUCCAGUUCCACCGUCUCCUCCGUGUCGUCUUCCUACAUGCAGCCGACUAGAACCCAGAGGUUACGCUUGCGGUCCAAAUCGCCUUCGCCCCGGUUAUAUCCGUCUGACAGCCUGGACCAGGACGACGAGGAGCGAGCGCAGUUCACCAGCCGAGCCACGUUCAACCCAGAGAAGGGCAAACAGCGUCUGCAGGGCGUCAAGAGCUCGCCUCAGAGACAGCGGGACAAUCCCACCGGAGAGAAGAGGGACCCGGAUCUGCCGGCCCAGCAGGUGGUGGUUUACGGGAGCAACGAGUUCAUGGUGUGAAGACCGAAGGAUUCCACG